AUGGAGAAAGGCUCCGAAGAUGCUAAUUGGGAGCCGCAGAACGCCAGUUUCGUUAUGAGCAUGCUCCGUUCCAUUUGCUGGGACAUUAUGAGGACCUUGUCCACGGCCACUGGUGCAGUGGCAAUGGUGCUCGCAGCAACCACCACUACCAUCGUAUCUUCCGCCAGCAUCCCCCUGACCAGCACGCCACCUGUAGACUACUCCCUCUUCCGUCGCUCCGUCACCGCCUCCGCUUCCGCCCUCGCCAACGCCACCUACGACUACGUCAUCGUCGGCGGCGGUCUUGCGGGCCUCGUCGUGGCGAACAGACUCUCGGCCAACCCCAACAUCUCGGUCGCCGUCAUCGAAGCCGGUUCCUCAGGCUACGCCGACAACGCCAAAUUCACCGUCCCCUCGGCCAACCUCUACGACUCCUCGGUAGGAACAGAGUACGAUUGGCAGUGGAAAACCACUCCCCAACCAGGACUGUCGGGAAGGUCGGCACCUUGGCCGAGAGGUAAAGUGCUGGGUGGAAGUUCGGCCAUCAAUGGACUGUACUAUGUACGCCAUAGCGAGAUCGAACAGAACGCGUGGGCAGACUUGAUCGAUGAUGAGCAGGAUUGGACUUGGAGCAAGAUGUUGGAUGCCAUGAAGAAGAGCGAGACUUUUACGCCGCCGAACCAGGCAACGAGACAGAGCGUCAGUGUUCCGUUUGAUUCGAGUUCACAUGGAAGCGAUGGUCCGGUUCACGUCACUUAUCCCGAGACGACGUAUCCUCAGGUGGGCGCGUUCUUGCAAUCGACGGGGAACGUCGGUAUCGCUCAGUCUCAGAAUCCUGACGCGGGUCAGAGUUGGGGUGCGUUCCUUGCUACGAGCAACAUCAACCCGACCAACUGGACAAGAAGCUUCUCCCGAACCGCGUAUUUGGACCCCGUCACCGAACGAAGCAACCUCGACGUCUUGACGGGUCAUCUGGUCACCAAAAUCACCUUCAACUCGACUAGCGACCCCGAAGGAGCUGUUGCGUCCGGGGUCGAGUUCAGCGCCAGCAGCGGUGCCGCAAGUUCGGCCGUGUACGCCAGAAAGGAAGUGAUCCUUUGUGGCGGUGCGGUGAACGAUCCUCAAAUCUUGCAGUUGAGCGGUAUCGCCGAUGCCUCGCUGUUGAGUAGCCUGGGGAUCGACCAAGUCGUCGAUCUACCUGGAGUCGGUUAUCAUCUGCAAGAUCACUUGUCGACCGGUGUCGUCUUUUCUCCUUCCAGUUCGGCCACUAUGCCACCUACGACGGUCACGGGCAAUAGGGCUACGGACUCGUACGUCAACAGCGCCAUCGCGUACGUCUCGGGUUCUACGAUCUUUGGCCAAGACCAAUGGUCGUCGUUGAUCGAGCAGAUGCAAAGCAAUCGCGAUGCAUCGGUGGAAGCAUACGACGCACCUGCGGCGGUGAAGGCUGGAUACAAUGCGACGUACGCUGCCCAGGUGGAAAAGUUCUUCCCGACGGAGAUCGGACCGAUCGAACUGCUCUUUGCGCUGUCCUUCGGCGGUGUUCAGGUUCAAGCUGCAUUGCAACAUCCUCUAUCCCGAGGCAGCAUCCGGAUCAACUCGACGAACCCCUUCACGCCACCCUCCAUCGACCCAGCAUACCUCUCCAACCCCGCCGACAUGACCAUCCUCCGCGAAGGCUUCAAACUCGCGCGUCGCGUCGGCACCACCGCGCCGCUCUCCACCUUCACCUCGUCCGAAUCCGCCCCCGGCUCGUCCGUGUCGAGCGACACCCAGUGGGAGUCCUGGAUCCGCAGCACGGUGGGUACCGAGUUCCACCCGAGCUCAACAUGCUCCAUGCUGCCACGCGAGCUCGGCGGAGUGGUGGACAAGAACCUCCGCGUGUACGGCACCAAAAACCUCCGCGUCGUCGACGCAAGUGUUCCGCCGAUCAGCUUCAGCGCCCACCUCAUGAGCAUCACCUACGGCCUCGCCGAGCUCGGCAGCGAGAUGAUCCUCCAGGACUACACGCAGGGCAUGGUCGGCACCACCAACACGACUGCUGCUAGCGUCGGCGGUGGCGGUCGAGGCGGAAGCUCCGGCAGCGGUAGGACAGGUGGCACGGCGGGCGGCGCAGCAGCAGGUGGCACAGCAGGUUCGACAGGUAGCACCAGCGGCGCUCCCGCUUUUGCGCCAGCACUGGUCGCAUCGUUGACCGUCGCCGUCUGCGCCACCGCUUGCCUUGUCUAG